UUUCUUCCUCUGUUUCUGUCCAUUGUUUUUCCAUGGCUCCUCCCAAUCAUCCAGUGAAUUCCACAGCCCUUGAUCUUGUCAAAACUGAGUCUUUAUUUGAUUUAUCCGAGGGAACAUUUACUGUGAAAGGCGUUCCUUUGUUCCAUGAUGUUCCUAACAAUGUUUCUUUUAGUUCUUUCUCUGCUAUAUGCAAAACCUCUGAAUCAAAUGCACCACCUUCACUUGUUCAACGUGUUCAUGCUUUUUCUCACAAAGGUGGUUUCUUUGGAUUCUCCCAUGAAACCCCUUCUGAUAGAUUGAUGAACUCUUUAGGUAGUUUUCAUGGAAAAGACUUUGUCAGUGUUUUUAGGUUCAAAACUUGGUGGUCUAGUCAAUGGAUAGGAAAUUCUGGAUCUGAUUUACAAAUGGAAACUCAAUGGAUUCUCAUUGAUAUUCCUGAAAUCAAAUCCUAUGUUGUUGUCAUUCCUGUCAUUGAAAAAAGUUUUAGGUCUGCGCUUCAUCCUGGUUCUGAUGACCAUGUCAUGAUUUGUGCUGAAAGUGGGUCAACACAAGUGAAAGCAUCGAGUUUCGAUGCGAUUGCUUAUGUUCAUGUGAGUGAAAAUCCUUAUACUUUGAUGAAUGAAGCUUAUAGUGCUAUUAGGGUUCAUCUCAAUACUUUUAGGCUUUUGGAAGAGAAAACACUUCCAAAUUUGGUUGAUAAAUUUGGUUGGUGUACAUGGGAUGCUUUCUAUUUAAGUGUUGGUCCUAUUGGUGUUUUUCAUGGUCUUGAUGAGUUUUUGAAAAGCGGUGUUGAACCUAGGUUUGUUAUCAUUGAUGAUGGAUGGCAAAGUAUUAGUUUGGAUGGUUGUGAUCCAAAUGAGAAUGCUAAGAAUCUUAUUCUUGGUGGUCAACAAAUGACUGGAAGACUUCAUAGGCUUGAUGAAGGUGACAAAUUCAAGAAAUAUGAAAGUGGAUUGUUAUUAGGUCCUAAUGCACCUACUUAUAAUCCAAAGAAGUUUCAUGAGUUGAUUUCAAAGGGAAUUGAAUAUGAGAAAUUGGUGAAGGAAAAAGAGGACUCUAUCUUAUCUAAGAGUUCUGAUUUGGCAGAGAUUGAGUCAAAUAUCAAAAAAGUAAUAAGAGAAAUAGAUGAUCUCUUUGGUGGAGAACAAAGUCAUAGUGUUCCAAAAAGUGAUAAGGAGUAUGGAUUGAAGGCUUUCACAAGGGACCUUAGGACUAAGUUCAAAGGUUUGGAUGAUAUUUAUGUUUGGCAUGCACUUUGUGGUGCUUGGGGUGGUGUGAGGCCAGAAACCACACACCUUAAUUCCAAAAUUGUUCAAUGCAAACUUUCACCUGGCCUUGAUGGAACAAUGGAAGAUCUUGCUGUGGUUAACAUUGUCAAAGGUGCAAUUGGGCUAGUUCAUCCUGAUCAAGCCAUUGACUUUUAUGAUUCCAUGCACUCUUAUCUUGCUGAAUCUGGUAUCACAGGAGUCAAAGUUGAUGUCAUGCAUACUCUUGAAUAUGUGUGUGAUGAAUAUGGAGGCAGAGUUGACCUUGCCAAAGCUUACUAUGAAGGGUUGACUAAAUCCAUUGUCAAGAAUUUUAAUGGAAGUGGAAUCAUUGCUAGCAUGCAGCAAUGUAAUGACUUUUUCUUCCUUGGAACAAAGCAAGUUUCCAUGGGAAGAGCUGGGGAUGACUUUUGGGUCAAUGGUCCUGAAGAUGAUCCAAUGGGAGCUUUUUGGUUACAAGGGCUACACAUGAUUCAUUGUUCCUACAAUAGCUUAUGGAUGGGACAAAUGAUUCAACCUGAUUGGGACAUGUUUCAAUCAGACCAUAUUUGUGCCAAAUAUCAUGCAGGUUCAAGAGCUAUUUGUGGUGGUCCAAUUUAUUUGAGUGAUAAUGUUGGCUCUCAUGACUUUGAUUUGAUUAAGAAGCUUGUGUUCCCUGAUGGUACAAUCCCCAGAUGCACACAUUUUGCUCUUCCAACUAGAGAUUGUCUUUUCAAAAACCCUCUAUUUGAUCAAAAAACUGUUCUCAAAAUUUGGAACUUCAACAAGUAUGGAGGAGUGAUUGGUGCUUUCAACUGUCAAGGGUCAGGGUGGGACCCAAAAGUGCACACAUUCAGGGGCUUCCCUGAAUGCUACAAGCCCAUAACUGGUUCUGUGCAUGUAACUGAGGUUGAAUGGGAUCAAAAGAAAGAAGCAGUGCAUUUGGGCAAGGCUGAAGAGUAUGUAGUCUACUUGAAUCAAGCCGAAGAACUUUGUUUGAUGACUCCGAAGUCUGAACCAAUCAAAUUUAUCAUUCAACCAUCUACCUUUGAGUUAUACAAUUUUGUUCCUGUCACAAAGCUAGGUGGCAGUAUCAAAUUUGCACCAAUUGGAUUGGCAAACAUGUUCAACAGUGGUGGAACAAUUCUAGAUUUGGAAUAUGUUGAAAGUUGUGCUAUGAUCAAGGUUAAAGGUGGUGGAAAUUUCCUUGCUUAUUCAAAUGAAUCACCAGAGAAGUGUCAAUUGAAUGGUUCUGAAGUGGCUUUUGAGUGGUUGAGUGAUGGAAAAUUGUCUUUCAAUGUUCCUUGGAUUGAAGAGGCUGGUGGAGUUUCUGAUUUGACAAUUUUCUUCUAGACUACUAGAGUUUCUGUUUCUUACAUGCCAAGAAAUGGAAGUCAAGGACAAGGACCUCUUUUGGUAGUCUUUUUAGCAUUUUCAUUUUAGAUUUUCAAGACAAUUUUAUGAUUUUGUUUCAUUUGAGAUUGGUA